AUGGAAAUAGGAGAAGGAAAAUGGCUUGUGAAAGGAGAAGAAAAAAGGACAUCAACAACAUUUACUAGUACUGACCUUCAUAUUUGGGAUUUGAGAACACAAAUAGUAGAAUUGGAAAUUGAAUUAGAUAAAAGAAAUAAUACUAGAAGAGAAUUAGAUGAAGAAGACUUUAAAGAUUUGAGGAGAGCAUUCAUUAGUAAAUUAGAACUAAUUAAAUAUACUGAGAAAUUACAAGAAGAACUAAAAAGAUUAAAAAAUGAAAAUGAAAUAAUUUGUGAAGAAUUAUUACACAAUAAAAAUAUAGACGGACAACACAAAGAAAGGAUAGACAAAAUAAUCUCACUAGUAAAUAGAAAGACAUUAACAGAACAAUUGAAUGAAGAAUUACAAGAAGAAAACCAUAGA